CCCCCCCUUUCCCAUGGCUUUAUCAGGAGCCGCAUUCAUCUUGAAAUGACACCGAAGAAGCCACAGCCGCGUCCAGAUUAGUGAUCAAGGACAGAUUAUAGCAGACUAAACACAGGUUUGCGUAACAGAUGGUGAACAACGGGAGCUCGCAGACGCCCACAGCCGGCGUGAACCGCGCUGGUUUGGCUUGGAAAACGUGUGCGGGAUGUGGGGGCAAGAUCGCCGAUCGCUUCCUUCUGUACGCCAUGGACAGCUACUGGCACAGCCGCUGCCUCAAGUGCUCCUGCUGCCAGGCACAGCUCGGGGAGAUCGGCACCUCUUGCUACACCAAGAGCGGCAUGAUCCUGUGCAGGAACGAUUACAUCAGAUUGUUUGGAAACAGCGGGGCGUGCAGUGCAUGCGGGCAAUCCAUCCCCGCCAGUGAAUUGGUCAUGAGGGCACAGGGCAACGUCUAUCAUCUCAAGUGCUUUACCUGCGCCACUUGCCGGAAUCGGCUUGUCCCUGGAGAUAGGUUUCAUUACAUCAACGGCAGUUUAUUCUGUGAACAUGACAGACCCACAUCCCUUAUCAAUGGACAUUUGAAUCCACUUCAGAGCAAUCCUCUACUAUCUGAUCAGAAGGUUUGCUGAGAAGGUCAGAGCAGUGCAGAAAGCGUGCCUUCAUCUUCGAUCUGGCUCAUCGCAGGUGGACCCCACUUUGUUCCAGUAGACAGUCAUGUUUCUUGGCUGGUUUCAAUGCCAGGUACACAACAUUGCACACUAUAUACCCUCGCUAGUUUGCUCUCACCAAGCUGUUUCUUGCAUUAAAAGUGACUGAGGACACAGAUUAAGGACUCCGUGAACCCGGGCUAAUGAGACUGUUAAGAAGGGGAAAAUAGCCCAUCGGAGGACAUCUGGAAUAAUGACAAAUUAAACUAAUUAAUGGAGGUUUUAAAAUCUGCUUUGUACCUGCAUAACACAUAGCAGGGCACUGGCUCUGGUUCUCUCCACCCUCCCCUCCCCCCCGUAUUUUAUUUUUCUUUACAACAUCCUUGCAAAUAUGUGUUGGCUCUUUGUAUUUCUAUGUGUUGUAAGGACAGUGUGUUUAUUGCUAUUAAAAUAUUAAAAAGGAGGCAAUGGGAGAAAAAACAGUGAUUUUGUGGUAGUUCUCUAUCAUAAACACUUUUAGUGGUUCUCUGUACAAUAUCAUGUAUGUAUGCAUGUAUGUGAUUUGUCAAAUGUUGCUUCUCCCCAGCAGAAACAUCCCAGCUUUCUAGUAUGUAAUGUAGGACUUUAAGAAUGGAAAUUUAUUUGUGAUAUUUUCAAAAAACAUUUGCUCUAGUAUGGUGUAUUUAAAUAAUAAAAAGCUUGAAAUGGGAAAAGAUGAGUUUUGUGUAUUUUUAACUAGACUUUUAAAGGGUGUCUCGAAUCCCGUGCUCUUCCCAUUAAAGCAGUUAGGUUGAAAUGGGUUUGUCUAAUGCUAAUUUUAAUGCAUUCUGUCUGUUUAGCACUAGGCACAAAAAGCGCCUUAUGUACUUUAGAUUACUGACCUAUUAAGUUACAAAUGUCAUUCAUGUUCAGAUAAUCCACAUGCAUGUAGUAAAACGACAGCUUUGAUCUGCUUAUAUUGGGGGAGUGGUAAUGGAUCUGAGAAACUUAAAUCCAAACUAUAGCAUCGUAAAUCACCAUGAUUUCAGAUGUGUUUGUAAGCAUUUAGCACUAAAAAGUUUUCACUAAAAAGAGGUUAAUGAACUUUCCUUAGGAAGAGCUAAAGUUGGAAAACUCACCACUUUUGUGAUGUGAAUGGAGGAGCCUCUGUGACCUGCAAUCUGUCAUUUAAAUGUAUGUUCCCGAUAUGUUAAUGGAAGGUUUAUAUUCAGAAUGAACAAAGCCCCAAAUCAGAGUGGCUGAGGUUCCCAGUUUAAAAAGUCAUUAAAUGAGGAUUGAAGUUGAUGGAAAUGACUUUCUUCUGAUUGUUGACUGCAUUUCAUCUUAAAUGAUGGAUGCACCACAUCAUUAUGGGAGAGCUCUGACAGUUGCUCUUGGACCCAGCAUCUGUCUGAUACUGCUGAGGUCUUUUAUAUGUGCAUACUUGAAUCUGUCUGAAAGCAU